AUGCAGCACCCACUGUGGCCUGGGGGCUCCAAGGGGCUCCGGUUGCUUGUCUGCUUCCUGCUGCUGAACAGCUGCCCGGGGGGCUGCAGCGAAAUUAGUACCCACGAUGGUCAGGACCAAGUAGGAGUGGGGCAGCUUUGGCCCCUCCAAGGAUUUGCCACCCCAGUCUUCCAGCAUUUACAGGUUGUGCUCCAGCAGAUUAUACCCCAAGGUCUGUUCUGGAAGGAUGACAUCACCCAGGACGCAAUGAUCCAAAAGAUGGAGCACGCCAGCAGACUGCAUCCCCAAGAUCCAUGCCUGAAGGAUGGGAAGGCAGUUUUCCCCACUAAAACCACUGAGCAAGAGGAGAAACUUCGACUCCUAUUCCCCAGUGAGACUCAUAGCCCCCUGGCCAAGGUGAACAGGGAUCAGUGCUUUACCUCCAAAGUGGUUUCUAAGGUCCUGAAACAAGAGGUGGCCAACCCUGUCAAGGGCUUCUCUGGGCCAUUUCCUACCGUGUGCCUCAACCUUGUGGCUGAUUGA